UACUUUUUGUAUGAAUCGGUUGCUUGGACAAGAGUCUUGCAGGGAGUCUGUUGCUCACUUCGGCUUUCUUCCCCUUUAAAAACCACGUAGCCCUAGUGCUGGUAUUCUCUGGGCUGCCUGGAAAAAGUCUGCGGAGCGGGUAGAGAGAGGGGGGAACAGCCGAGUCGGAGACGAGGGAUCAUGGCGGCACCUCUCGGACGGGACACCCUACCUGACCACUGGUCGUAUGGAGUGUGUAGAGAUGGACGGGUCUUCUUUAUUAACGAUAAAACUCGUAGCACUACUUGGCUACAUCCACGCAGCCGUGAACCUGUUAACUCGGGACACAUGAUACGAUCAGAUUUACCAAGAGGAUGGGAAGAGGGCUUCACGGAAGAAGGAGCCAGCUACUUCAUCAACCACAACCUGAGGACCACUUCAUUUCGGCAUCCUGUGACUGGACAGAUUUCACCCGAAAACACAGAAUACACACUACAAGACAAGAUAGAGUCCCGUAUGUCCAAGUCAGCGGCCAGUCAGAGAUCUCCCAGCAUGGUCACAGAGUCAUCCAAGGCUGUGACCUCAGCAGCAGUGGAUGUUACCUCAGGGUCAAAGGGCUCCAGAGGAACAGGGAAAGUACAUAGUUUUGGCAAGAGGGAUCAUUCUAUUAAAAGAAACCUCAACAUCCCAGUGGUGGUGAGAGGCUGGCUCUACAAGCAGGACAGCUCUGGAAUGCGACUGUGGAAACGGAAGUGGUUUGUUUUGUCAGACUACUGCUUGUUUUACUACAAAGACAGUCGAGAAGAAACAGUGCUUGGUAGCAUUCCUCUGCCCAGUUAUGUCAUUGCACCAGUUGAGCCUGAUGACCACAUAAAUCGAAAAUAUGCUUUCAAGGCGAGCCAUACUGGAAUGCGCUCCUACAUUUACAAUAAGAACUCUGUGAUUGGCUCACAGGCAGAACACUGCGGGAUGCGGACGUAUUUCUUCAGUGCGGACACACAGGAGGACAUGAAUGGCUGGAUCCGGGCCAUGAACCAGGCUGCGCUGAUGCAGCAGAGUCACACGAUAAAGAGAGAGGUGGAAAAACCAGAGAAGGCCACACAGCAAGCAGUCCCACAGACCAACCAUGUCCACAUCACCCAGUCUCAGCCAGAAAGCCAUCACAGGACGGACAGGGAGGAACCUCAGGACAACAGUGUCCGAGUGGCUCAUGUGGAUGAGGGGAGAUAUGGUUUGGAGAUACAGAGCAAACUUAGCCUUUCAGCUCAACAGGAAAGAAUAGAAAGACUGUCUCCGGACUCUGUCAAUGAUGUCGCUCACAAGAAUGGACAGCAGACUGUAAUCCAAGUGGCUCUUCCACCAGAGCAAAAUGGAAAUGUUGUCUGUCCGAGGGGCUUUGUUUCACAAACUGAUGUAGAGAAGCAUGUCCAGAGGAAGAAUACGUUGGCUCAAGUGGAACAGUGGGUCAAAGUUCACAAAGGGGACACACCGAAGAGUGCUCCCUCUGGUGAGUACAAUCUUCCUCGGCGGACUCCUCCUUUAAAGCCCAAAUCCAGCACAUCAGAUGCCACCUAUCACUCUUUGCCAAAGUCUCCUCGUCUCCCAUCUGGCAGCAGCUCACCUCCAGCAACAUGCAACUUGCCCAGUGACUAUAAAUACGCCCACGACCGACUCAGCCACUUCCGCAUGUCCACUGAUGAGCGAAUGGCCACCAAAGAGGGAAUGGUGUGGCAGCUUUAUGAGUGGCAACAGCGGCAGCAGUUUCGUCAUGGCAGCCCCACCGCUCCUAUUUACACUGGCCCUAAUUUCACAGACUCUUCAUCUUUCAGAGUUACCUUGGAGAUGCCACGCUCCAUCUCUGUCCCUCCAUCGCCAUGCGAAGUCCCCCCAUCAGUUCCCUCCUCCUUCAAACCCCUGUCUCCCCGCAGACCGCACACCCCUUCAGACAGACGCACAGUCCGGCCCCUGGAUGAAGUGUUGGCUGGCGACAGCACAAGAUCAAGCUCACCUGGCCAUAUUUGUGCCCAUCUUUCACAGACUUCCCAAAUAGAGAGAAGGUCUGUGCCGGCUAUGGGCUACAUCACACACACUGUCAGUGCUCCCAGCUUGCAUGGCAAAACGCCAGAGGAGCUGACUCUGCUCCUCAUUCAACUUCGGAGGCACCAGGCCAAGAUGGCUGGUGUGCAGAGCCCCAGCAAUGCGUUCGCCCACCUGCAGCAUCACCAGCACAACGGCCUUCUAGGCCCCAGCAUGCAGGCUGAUGAUACUUACAUACAACUGAAGAAGGACCUGGAGUAUCUAGAUCUGAAGGUGGGCCCCAACAAAGUCACUGGACGUGAGAGUUUAAAAAAAGAGAGACCAUCAAGGCCUGUGAAAAUAGCAGAAAGUGAUGCAGAUGUGAAAUUAAGUCGACUGUGUGAACAAGACAAGAUCCUACAGGAGCUAGAAGCCAGGAUACGCUCUCUGAAGGAGGACAAGGACAAGCUGGAGUCUGUGCUGGAUGUUUCUCACCAGCAGAUGGAAGAGUACAAAGAUCAGCCGGCUCAUGCUGAGAAAAUUGCUUAUCAGCAGAAGCUGCUACAAGAGGAUGUGGUCCACAUCAGGGCUGAAAUAUCUCAAGUCUCCACAGAGAUGGAGAAUGCGUGGAAUGAGUACAGUCAGCUGGAGAGAGAUGUGGACUGGCUGAAGUCAGCCCUGCAGGGACAGAUGAACCGCAGUGAUCUUUCUCAGCAAGAAAAAGUCCAGGUCAGAAAGGAGCUAUGGAGGAUUGAGGAUGUUAUCGCAGGCCUCAGCACCAGUAAAGCCAACUACAAAGUCACUAUAUCCUCUGUUACCAACCCAGAGAGGAAAUUUGUGCCUUCAGUUUCGGUGUCAUCAGUGCCUUCAGUGUCUGGGAGCCCGUCUACUAUGGAGAUGAGAUUGUCCCAGCAGCAGCACAACCCCCACCUUAGCCCCAGCAGCCAUACCCCCACCCUGUCCUCCAAUCCCAUCCAGCAGCCAUUACACCACUCUGCAACUGUCUUCAGUGGGUUUAAAUGGAGUGAGGAAGAUGUGCCUCCCAGACCUCCUCUACCUCAGCUCUAUAGUCCUGAUGAGCAUCCCCCUGCUGUGCCACCGUUGCCCCGGGAGACAACAGUCAUCAGACACACCUCUGUACGUGGCCUCAAACGACAGUCAGAUGAACGCAAAAGGGAUAGAGAGAUUGGCCAGUUCACCAAUGGGGACAGUAAGGUGGAACUGAGACCCUUCCUGAGUGAUCCAGAGCUAAUGGGAGCUGGAGAUGGCUCUAGCCACAUCAGUGUUGGGCAUGAUGGGGGUUAUCAGACAUUACCUGGUAGAGGAGUAGCUGGCUCCUCGCUUAGAAUGAACCAGUCUUCGAGCAUCUCCUCAUAUGUGACUCUCCGAAGAUCAGCGUCAGCAGCCGGUGUGAAGGAGAGACCGAAAAGUGCCUUGGAGCGUCUGUACUCUGGGGAAGUGGUGCAGCAGCAGCAGCAGAGGGGGAAGAUGAGUGCUGAUGAGCAGCUGGAGAGGAUGAAGAGGCACCAGAAGGCCCUCGUUCGCCAGCGCAAACGCACUCUGAGUCACGGAGACCGUCACACAUCGACGCAUGCCUCUCCCUCGCGCCCGCUUUCAGCAGACUUGGGAUCAUGGAAGAGAGAGCAGGAGUUUGACCUGCAGUUGCUUGAGAGAGCUGUUCAGGGGGAGGAGGCGCAGGCAGUUAGGAGUGUCCAGGGGGAGGAGAGACCUCCCGAGCACAAAGAGAGACCCCGCUCGCACUCUGAUGAAUGGCUGACCUUCCGCUCCACCGCCACAACCCCUCCUACACAUGAGGCCGACUUAGAACCACUGGACUAUGACCUGGACCUCAACAAAGAACUGUCAAAGCCUCAGAAAGUGUUGAUUCCAGAGCGCUAUGUGGAUCCAGAGCCUGAGGAGCCACUCAGUCCUCAGGAGGUGGAGGAGCGUCAUCGGAAGGUGGAGCGCAUCAAAAACAUUUUAGCAAAGUCCAGUGUGCAAAACAUAGCAUCAACAAUGUCUGUGGAAAAGCCUGAGGUGGGGCUGGUGGCGCUCGACUCAGCUCUACAGGAGCAGGAGAGGAUCAUCACCAUGUCCUACGCUCUCGCCUCUGAGGCUUCACUCAAGAGCAAACUAGUUGCAGUCCCACCACAGGUUAACAUGCCUUCCCCUCCUCCCCCUCCUCCACCUCCACCUCCACCUCCUCCUCUUCCUCCUGUAUCUGUGGCACCUCCUUCUCCUCUAAACAACGGAAUUCACUACACAUUUGUCUAAUGUGAAAAAGAAACUCAAGCAAUAUCUGGACACUGAGGUGCUCCUCCAUGAUGACAACAGACAAAUGGAUUCUCCAA